AUGGCCCACUCCAACUCCCACCCCCAGCAUUCUGUCUCCAACCUCCCGCAACUCCACAAAUUCAUCACGGGACACAACUCCUCAGGCGAAGCCAUCGUGCAAACGCACAGCGACUUCGACUGGCGCCCCUUUGACAACAAAAACAUGUCCUUCAGUGUUGUCUACACGACAUCGCAGAUGCCGGUUGACCUAAACCACGACCAGGACCUCGCCGCGCACAACACGCUGAUGCAGACGCCCGAGCGUCUCGGGCUCGUCAACCCCGGGGGCACGGUAAUGCGCUGCGUCGACUUCAAGCCCGGAUAUGCGUGCGGUAUGCACCGCACGCAGAGUCUGGACUAUGGUAUUGUGCUUGAGGGAAGUAUUGAGAUGCGGCUUGAUUCCGGGGAGGUGCACAAGAUGAAGCGGGGGGAUGUGGCGGUGCAGAGAGCGACGCAGCAUCAGUGGGUUAAUACGAGCGACACGGAAUGGGCGAGGAUGAUGUUUGUGUUGCAGGAUUGUAAGAACUUGGUUGUGGGCGACAAGGAGAUGGUCGAGGACCUUGGAGUUAAUGAGUCCGAUUUGCCACCCAGCCAGGCCGGUAAGCUGUGA